AUGCCCAAAUCAGAAACCAUUAAGCUGCGAGAAAAACACAUUGGCGCCGCCUGCCAGUUGUUUUUCCGUUCGUCUCCAUUAAAAAUAGUGCGAGGUAUAGCCCAAUUUAUGUAUGACGAGACGGGUGAGAGAUACCUCGACUGUAUCAACAACGUGGCACACGUGGGACAUUGCCACCCGCACGUAGUGGAAGCUGGAAGAAACCAGAUUUCUAAAGAUAAUAUCGAC